UGUGUGUGUGUGCGCGCCAAGGAGGGGAGCAGGCGCGGGGUAAAAGCGCCGCCGGCGGGAGGCGCUCGAAGACGCUCGGCGGUCGCUGUGCCCCGCCCUACGGGGGCUCCACUCGCCCCCGGCUAUGGAGAGCGGUGGCGGCGGGAGGGGCCCGGCGGGGCAGGAGGAGCUGCCGCUCCAGCAGCCACUGCCGCCCGGAGAAGCAGGGGAGGAGGAGGAGGCGGCGUUGCUGCUGUCGUCGCCCGAGGCCGAGACGGACUGGAGCUUCGUUGACGGCGAGAUGGAGGCGGUGGCGCUGCGGGACCUGCCCACCGCCACUAUCGCCUGCAACCUAGACCCGCGCGUUUUUCAGGACGGCCCGUGCCGGGCCAAAUUUGAAUCACUGUUCAGAACAUACGACAGAGAUAUCACCUUUCAGUAUUUUAAGAGCUUCAAAAGAGUACGAAUAAAUUUCAGUAACCCUUUAUCUGCAGCAGAUGCUAGAAUCCAGUUGCAUAAGACAGAGUUCCUUGGGAAGGAGAUAAAACUGUAUUUUGCUCAGACUUUGCACAUUGGAAGCUCACAUUUGGCACCACCAAAUCCAGACAAACAGUUUUUGAUUUCACCUCCUGCCUCGCCGCCUGUUGACUGGAAGCAAGUAGAAGAUGCUACUCCAGUCAUUAACUAUGACCUUUUAUAUGCUAUCUCCAAGUUAGGACCAGGAGAGAAGUAUGAGCUACAUGCUGCAACUGACACUACACCUAGCGUUGUCGUCCACGUAUGCGAGAGUGACCAGGAAAACGACGUUGAAGAAGAAACAAAGAAACCCAAACCAAAAAUUAUUCAGACAAGAAGGCCGGAUUAUACUCCUGCCCACUUAAGUUGAACUGCUGUUGUUUUUCCAAGGGUAACAAGCAGACCUAUGCAAGGGAAACAUUUACUGUGGAAACAGCGGGUCACAGGUUUUGUGGCAACAGCAGCAGUUAGAAGUCAGAGAAACUCCAGUACACGUUAGCUGAGAAAUACGAGGAAGUUUCAUCCUUAUUUUUGACGCUGCGGGUUGAUGGAUGUCAUGAGUGCAUUCCCUGAUCACUGGGAAUGAAAGCUAGGCAGAAGAAAACAUUUUGAGACAAAACAGGACAAGCUAGGUUUAUUUUUGGGGGGGGUGUUGUAGGCUGUUCUAUUAUACAGCAGCUGGGGGAAGUUUUCUUUGUUCUGACUGUCAUAAAUCCUCGAGCUAAUAGGUUAGUCAUUUUGUGGAAUACAUAGUGAUAACAGAGGUGGUUUAAAAGAUUCAAGUAUGGGAACUGUAAACCUCUUUCUUAUAACAGAUUUUGUGCAUGUGUAUUCUUGGUCUUCUCAAGUAACUGCAUUAUUUUCUAUAGUUUCUCACAUGUUUCUGGGAAAUUGUUUAAAGUAUUUAUUAUCUCAGCAUCCUGGAACUACUACUAGAUGUAUAUAGAUAUAUAUUUAUAUCUGGUUUUUAUUGGCACUCAUUGUCCAGCAGGCAUACAAUUUCUUUGGCACCUUCUUCUGGGGCCAUGCAACUUGUGCUUUUAAUAAUUUUAACCUUUUAAAUGCCUAUAUAGGGUUUUACCUGGCAAAGUAAUGGGGAAAAAAAAAUUAAUGUGCAAUAGGAAAGUUAAGUUGAUCUUUAAAUUAUUGAAGCUUAAAUAAUUUAUAUCUUUCCAUAGCACUUGUUUGGUAGUUUUGACUUUCUCAUUUGAAACAAGAAACAACAACAAAAAAAGGCAAAACC